AUGGAAAGCGUAGAUGGUGUGUCCACGCGCUCUUGCUCACGGCUCAACCUGGACAUAGUGAGGAACUACUCUGAUCGUGGCGUCAUCCCAAACCUGGAUGUGAACGUGAGUGAGAUUCCACUGCAGCGCUGCCUGGAUAGCUGGAAGUACAGCAAGGACAUCUACCAGUCAACUAUUGUCACAGAAAUUUUCCUCAUUUGGAUCGGGGGUCCAAGGAUUGAAGACGUCAACUUGACAGAGGAGUGGAGAGAGGCCAUCAUUCCCGUACAGGUGGUGAAUGGUGAACAGGUGUUGAGCAAGUGCAGCAGAUACAGGCUGGAUGUGGUCAGAAAUCUGUCCGCUCAGGGAAACCUACCUGGCAGAGAUGUCAACCUUACUUUACUGGAACAGGAGGGCUGUGUGGAUGGAUGGCGCUACAGCAAAGACAUCUUCCAGUCCACCAUAGUCACGGAGUGGGACCUUGUUUGUGACAAUGAGUGGAAGGUUCCUUUUGCAUCCUCGUGUCUCUUUUUGGGCUUCCUGGUUGGGUCCUUCUGCUCAGGCCAGAUUUCUGACAGGUUUGGGAGAAAGAAGAUUCUUUUCAUUUCACUUGGAGUCCAAAGCGUCUUUGUUCUCCUUCAGUCCUUCUCUUAUUCAUGGAUGAUGUUCUGCACCAUCUUUCUCUUCAUUGGAGCCUCCCAGAUAUCCAUCUAUAUAUGUGCAUUUGUGCUGGGAACAGAGGUGCUGAGCAAGUCCAUGCGUGUGCUCUUCACGACGCUCGGUGCGUUUUUGUUCCCCUGUUUGGGCUACAUGCUACUGCCCUGGAUCGCAUAUGGCAUAAGGACGUGGAGGACCCUCCUGAUGGUUCUUGCCUCAUUGUCUGUGGUAUACAUCCCAUUGUGGUGGUUCAUCCCAGAGUCUCCUCGCUGGCUGUUCUCUCAGGGGAGAUUGGAGGAGGCGGAGGCCAUAUUGAGAGAGGCUGCUAGGAAAAACAAAGUAGAAGCUCCACCUACUGUCUUUAAACAGACAGAGUCUGUGGCUUCGCCACCAACAAAGAAGUACACCAUACUUGACAUUCUGAAGUCCAGCAACAUAAGAUGCAUCACAUUCAUGAGUCUGCUUCUAUGGAUAGCAAUAAACAUUGGGUAUUAUGGAUUAUCCCUCAAUACCGCCAACCUAAGUGGUGAUCCCUUCAUGAAUUCCUUCUUAUCAGCCUUAACCGAGGUCCCUGCCUAUAUCAUGUGCACAUAUCUACUCAACAAAUGCCCAAGAAGAGCACUUCUGUCAUCAUUCCUUGUAAUUGGAGGAGGAUUUCUCCUGCUUGUCCAGCUUAUUCCUGAGACUCUGCAUGAGCUCACCCUGGCUUUGGUCAUGAUCGGGAAGUUUGGCUUCACCAUGGCCUUCAGCACGGUCUACAUCUACACGGCAGAGAUCUACCCCACCGUGCUCAGGAACAUGGGUAUUGGAAUAUGCUCCUCAGCCGCUCGGAUCGGCAGUAUCACGGCUCCCUACAUCAUCUUUUUAGGCACCUACAAUAAGUUUCUGCCCUAUGUUAUUAUGGGGAGUCUCACUGUCGUCACAUCUCUGGUGAACUUCUUUCUUCCCGAGACUUUCAACAAAGACCUGCCAGAAACAGUGGAGCAAAUGCAGGAAUAUCAACGAAGGAAACAGGCAGGGCUGUCUCUAAAGUUCUGA